GUCAGCGAGCUUAACCUAAACACAACUCUAAUAAUCAUCCUCCACACAAACAACAUGAAGGGAUUCAUCGCGUUCGCUGUGUUGGCUCUGGCCACCGUCUCCCAAGGAUCUUAUCUGCCAGCGGUGCAGUCGGUCCUUCCGUACGCCUACAGCUCUGGACUCCAUGGUCUGGGUGCCUAUGAUGGUCUGGGUCAUUACUCGUCGCUCGGUGGACUGGGUUACUCGUCCGUGCUGGAUCAUGGCCUCUCCUACCCGUACUCGGCCGCUCUUCCGUACUCUGUCUACAACAACGGUCUGUAUGGAGGAUACUAUGGCGCCAAGUACGCUCCGACUGUAGUCCAGGCCAACGUGAACACGCUGAAAACGGUCAGCCCGCUGGGUCUGUAUGGAGGAUACGGUGUGGAGCACGGAUACGGACUCGGUCACGGAUACGGCUACGGAUACAACAACUACCUCCCAGUCCAGGGUCAUGCUGCGAAGUACGUUGCUGCCAACCCGGGAGCCGUCCAUGUGGCCCCUCUGCCAGGUCAUCUGGUCAACCAGAAGUCGAUUGUGGCGUAAAUGAUUGUGAUCCGGAUUAAAUAUGUAUGAAAUUGUAAAUAAAGGGAGAUUCUUAUCCAAAAUACUUGUUGUCUU